UCGACAGAGAGCCCCAGCUGACUAUGAUUAAAUGGGCCGAGAAGUAUGGCAACAUAUUCACCGUCAAAAUGGGAACCACAACAACGGUUAUAUUGAACGGUUAUGAAGCUAUCCGAGAUGUGUUUCAGAGAAAGGGAGCUUUGUCUUCUGGCAGGCCGCAUAUCCCGACUUUCGGUUUUCUUGGCGGGAGAGGAAUAUUGUGCGCUGAUUACAGCACAGAGUUUCAACGGCAGAGAAAUUUCAUCAUUAAAUAUUUGUCAAAGCUUGAUGUUGAAAAACAAAUGGAAAAUGAAAUCGAUGCCCUUAUUCAAUACAUAAGACACAAAAACGGCCAGCGUUUCGACUUCAAUAGUGCGGUAAGUGCUUCUGCGUCUAACAUCAUAGGGGCCAUAUUGUUUGGUAGCAGACAUGACUACGAUGAUCCAGAUUUCCAAGCACUGAUAGAAGCUUACCACAGUGCAACCAAACUUAGCAGUCAAGCAUCAAUUCAGAACUUCCUUCCAUACCUUUGGUUUUUACCUCAAUGCAAAAUAAGUGCGCAUGCCUGGGACAGUUUCUCAAAAUCCGUAAACCGAAUUUUAUAUAAGCACAUAAUGGGUUACAACGCAUGCGCAACACGAGGGCUUGUCGACGCUAUGAUGCACCAAACAAAUGAGAAUGACCAGAAUGACCAGCCUUUGUUUGACUUGGAAGAUAUCAAAUCUAAUAGUCAAACUUUAUAUCUUACUGGAUCGGAAACGUCCUCAUCGACGCUGACAUGGGGAAUGCUGUUCCUGUUGUCUUAUCCUGACGUCUGCAACAAGCUCCAAUCAGAGUUAGAUGAAGUUGUGGGGAAAUUACGUCGCCCAACACUUGAUGACAGACCGAAUCUUCCUUUCACUUGCGCUACACUAUUGGAAAUACAGCGUUGUAAUAAUAUAACUCCGAUCUCGGCUCCUCACAAGGCUACAAAGGAUAUCAGAGUUCAUGGCUAUUUGAUACCAAAGGAGACUCGAAUUUUGGCAAACUACUGGUCAAUAUUCAUGAACGAAGCAAUUUGGACCAAUCCAAGCCAAUUUCAACCAAUGAGGUUUCUGGACGAAUGUGGAAACUUGAAAAAAGUCGAAGGGUUUAUACCAUUUUCACUAGGCAAGCGUUCCUGUCCAGGAGAGAGUCUGGCCAAACCGGAGAUGUUCCUGCUCCUCACAGCCUUGGUGCAGGCUUUCACGUUCCACGUGCCGGAUGGAGAGGUGCUUCCGGCUACAGUUGGUACCACCGGCUCUGUGUACGUGCCACCGAAGUUCAACGUGUGCGCCCGCCCAAGUUACUAAAGCGCUUGUAAUAUAAUAAAUGGACUUAGUUUUUGAUUUCUGUUCUUCUCAAAGUAAUUUCAGAUGUUAAAUUGCAAUGAAUAUGCCAGUAUAUUCACUUCAGUGAUGGAGAAUCAGAAUUUUUAUCUAUCUGUGUAUGCACCUGCUCAAAUAAUGGUAUAGACAAGCUUUAAGGCAAUGUCGACACAUGCUUAUGUUUGAAGAUAUGAAUUAAUGUAUCAACUGGGAAGCUUUGUUGUAUUUCUAAAAAUGCAAAGGAGAUUACAUGAGCUGAUCCUAUUUGGUGUAAUCAAUUAGAUGAUGUCAGCCAUGUGUCGGAGUUAAUUUUUAAAUGGCCAUUUACAUAUGAAGGAUAAUGUAAUAAUUUUGUUACGAAUGUCAUUUAUGUUAAUUAUAAACAAGUAAA